GACCUGCUCGCUGCCACAGCCUGAGAGCAUCCUUUUUCUUUGCUUUCUUAUCAUCCUCACCAAAACACAGCGGGCUGACGGAAAAUCAUGAGGAUAGCAUCUCUGCCUUCACCGGUUUGCGGUACAAUAUCGUUGCGGGCUACGUUAGCCGUUUGGCUAGCGUAAUGCUACACAACAUGAGGCUUUCCUCCUGAUGAAGAGCAGACAUAAUAGCCUGUCUGUGGGAAGGAGAAGAAUAUAGUUAUCCUUAGCACAGCGAGCUGGGCUCAGCUUCUAGCUUUUAGGGGUCUUAUUUUAUUUUUAUUUACAUUUUUUUUUUUUUACAAACAUUUCUGACAGUUUUUUUAAGGUGUUAUUUUUCUUCUUCGGCUGAUGUGACUGAAUCCAGCGGUGCUCCAGUACAAGAAGAUGCACAGAUAAAAGUGUUCGCCUGACAACAUCAAGGUGCCUGAGACUUUCCUGGAUAAGUCUGUCUGAGUCUGACUGAUCCCACAAGAAGAGGACAUCUCUACUGAGCCAUCAGCAGACCCUCAACACUACACUGAUGAAUGUUUGUCGGCAGCUACCACUACGCCAUCACUCGGAUCACUUAUCAUUUGGAAGUUUUAAGCAAACGUUGGACUAAUAGGUUGUUGCUUGACGAACCGGACUGGCUUUCAACAUCGGAAUAUCACACGGGUGCAGCAACAACUUGACUCUGGGAUAGUGUCUAACUCAACAUAUGAUCACAUGCCCAUAUCAGCAAAGAUUUAUCUGCAAUCGAGGCCUUAUGUCUUAGAUUACACUGAACUUAUUUGCUGUAUCUACAGUUAAGUCCGUCAGUGAAUAGGUUCCUGGAUCAUCUCACUCAGGGAUUGAGGCUGAUUAAAACAUUUCAGUACUUUUGUCAUGCAGGAAAUCUGGGUACGCACCAGAAACAAGCUGGCAUCUCAGACUUCAGGUGUAGCUGACUGUGUAGCCUCCCUGCCCUCAUCAAUGACCCCAUGACCCCUGCAGAAGUCAGAUAGUCCGGUAUCAGCUAACCACAUGUCCUUAUCAGAAAUUUAAUAGCAGCCGUCAGGAUGAGCGCAUGUCCGUAGCCACGCAACGCCAGCGUUGUCGAGGCUGGCGGACAUCUUCCUCGGCCAUGACCCGGCUGAUGUUGGGCCGGACUCUGGAGCGCAUCUGUAAAGGCGUCCUGCUGCUCUGCCUGCUCCACUUCCUCAUCAUGAUGAUCCUGUACUUCGACGUUUACACGCAGCGCUUCGACCUCUUCAGCCGCUUCAACAACGGCCGCAACGGAUCAAGGAAUAACGCCAGCGGAGCAGCAGGGAAUGGACACCAUUAUUACUAUUACAACCUUUCCAGGCCCAACGCCACGCUAGCCAGCUACCUGGCCACAGGGGAGCAGCUGGUGCCGAGUGCGCAGCCUGAGACCAAUCAGACACCUUCUCCCAAACCGCUGCCACCGUGCCCCGAGAACCCGCCCGGCCUUGUCGGGCGUUUGUUGAUCGAGUUCAGCUCCCAGAUGACGAUGGAACGAGUGCAGAAAGAAAACCCCAACGUGACGGAAGGAGGCCGCUACACGCCUCCUGACUGUCGGCCACGAUGGAAGGUGGCCAUCAUCAUCCCAUUCCGUCACAGAGAAAACCACCUAAAGUACUGGCUCCACUACCUCCACCCUAUCCUCAGAAGGCAGAAGAUUGACUACGGCAUCUACAUCAUCAACCAGUUGGGUGAGGACACCUUCAACCGUGCCAAGCUGUUGAACGUUGGCUACACGGAGGCUUUGAAGGAUGCAGAGUACGAUUGCUUCAUCUUUAGCGACGUGGACCUGAUCCCGAUGGAUGACCGCAACCUUUACCACUGCUACGACCAGCCAAGGCACUUCGCCAUCGCCAUGGAUAAGUUUGGCUUCAGGCUGCCCUAUGCUGGCUACUUUGGAGGAGUGUCAGGCCUCAGUAAAAAACAGUUUCUGAAGAUCAAUGGCUUCCCCAACGAGUACUGGGGCUGGGGAGGGGAGGACGACGACAUCUACAACAGGAUCACUCUGAACGGGAUGAAGGUGUCCAGGCCAGAUGUUCGCAUCGGCCGCUACAGAAUGAUUAAACACGAGAGAGACAAACACAAUGAGCCCAACCCACAGAGAUUUAAUAAAAUCCAGAACACGAAGAACACGAUGAAGAAGGACGGCAUCAGCUCUCUGACCUACAAAGUGCUUCAGGUCAAGAGGUACCCUCUGUACACAAAUAUCUCUGUGGAGAUUGGCAAACCACCGCCCCGGCCUAUUAAGGGCUAGAGACAGACGGAGAGGAAGACGAGGGGGUCGACGCACACUGACUGGAGGGAAGAAGAUGGGAAGAAGAGAGCUUAUGAGAGGGAAAUAAAGAGAUCACAAAUCUAAGACAUCUGGAAGGAUGAUGGAAUGAGAGAGAGGAAAAAGUUACAAGCACAUUAUGGUCUCUUUCUCCCUCUCGACCCCUCUCUCUGUUUUGAAUUUUUUUUUUGGAUUUCAGCUUGCCAUUUCUGGAUCCAGGACUCAGGCUCUUUGCAACUUUUUCAAGCAGCCAGUGGCUUCACGCCUCCUACCUUUACCAAUCAGUGACUUCAGAAUUUUAAGAGUGGGGACCAAAGCUGGGAUAUCAGUAGCCGACCAAAGGUUGGCGUCAGACUUGGAGGCUGAAACUUGGAAUCUUUCCAUUAACAAUCUUUUGUAAACUGGAGGACAUCCAGUGGCAUAUCGAUGGAGGAUAUUGACAGGAGCUAUUGUCAGGGGAUUAGAGAUCAGACAAUGACAUCAUUUGAAACUUUGGAAAGUUUUCAUGGCCUGUUUUGAAACACUGGACAGUAUCAAGUGGGAUUUCUUGAAAUAUCUGACCAAGUUCAUAUAAGCAGAAUGAAAUGGGCUUUUUACAUGGAUACAAAGAUGAUACGAGACGUGGUACCUGCUGGUUUGGGAAUGACAUAUGAGCGGACAACAAACCUUAAAAACGCCAUCAAACAUUUUACUUUCCGAGCAGUGAUGAUCAAGAGAAUGGGGAUUUCUAUUAGAGGCAAACUGUAACUAAAUAUGACAGGCAGUGAUGCUUCACUGAACUGUAUCUGAUGGACUGCAUAUCGAAGAAAACAUCUGACUCUUAUCUUGACAAAUGAUGCUAAUGGACGAUUUGAUAUUGACGUCUUUGUCAGGGAGUUUGGAUCUAAUUACUCAAUCAAAUCCUCCUCCGGUAUCAAUUAAUGAAUGUGUAUUGUGCCUGCAUUUACAGUGCUGGGACACGCUGAUAAAACAUGUUCAUCAGCAGCAACAAACUCCAGAGAACUCUCUUUUUGUUCACUUUUAUACAUAUAUAUAUGUAUAUAUACAUAUAUAUAUGUAUAUAUACAUAUAUAUAUGUAUAUAUACAUAUAUAUAUGUAUAUGUAUGUACUUUGGAAACCUGGCUUAUUGGAGUAAUGGAAAAGUUUUGCAACAAAAGUAAACAUAUUGAAGACAUGAAGAGUUUUCUCCUGUUCUGGAUGCAGUGUUGUGGAACUACCUUGGGAAUGCAUUCGAAAUCAAAUCAAGGAACUGAAGACAGCAAGGCAGAUAGAUACACUAACAGCUCAGUUGUGAUUUUAACCCCAUGUGGCACAUAUUGGAGAUUAGGUUUCUGGAAGCUUUGUUUCUAUCACUCCCCUUAAAGACAGAUUAAAGGUUUAUUUUGGUAAUCUGGACAUUAAAUGUACAUAUUUGUCUCUACGAGAUCUAAAUGGCUUGAGGUACAUUCAUAUUCCUGAAGGUGCUGGUUUGAUUCAGUAAAAAUAUGCAUUUUCAAUUAGAAAAUUGGACAUUUACCACAUUUUCUGAACAUAUAUGGGACACAAAGGGGUUAAACUGAGCUGUCAGAAUAGAAUCAUGGCUCAUGCUUUACAGGAAAAAGUGUUGUGGAUACAUAAGCUUCAAACAUUUACACUGAAUCCACAGACAAGCCGAGCUGAAAAGUACUUUGGAGGUCAAUUUUUAGCCUACAAUGUAACCUGGACGUCAAAGUUUUUUUAAGUAUCACAGUUCAUUAAAACUCUAUUGCUACUGUUAUUACGCCAUUUUCUCUCUCUACUAUCUUUUUCUUUAAAUCUUUAAGAAAAAGAUGAUUAUAUCCGGAAAGAGGAAAUUAGAAGGUGAUAGUCUUCUGUCUAUGGAAAUUGUGAAUUUUAAGGCAGUAAUGAGAAGUUAUCCUUUGAGCAGUUUGACUGACAUCUCUAUGGCUGCUUUAGAUUUUAUCAUCAUCAGCUGUCACUUUUCUAUUGUCACUGUCUAUUUUAUCACACUUUCCGAUUUCAUAAAUUAAUCAAGCAUUGUGAGGUUUGUUUUUUAUUGAAGCUGUUAUUUUUAUUUGAGUUUCAUAACUUUCCCUGUGUGAAAAAUGAACAACUUAAUCUGCGUACAGAAGCCUUUGACUGUUUUAUGCUUUGAUACAUCAGUCUUUGUCCUUUGUUUUAUUUUUCCUUGUCUCUACUGUUGAUGCUGUUACUGUUGACGCCUAAACACCAAACCGAUGCCUUCAGAAGUUAUCGUUACUAAAGGGGCAAGGAAGCUUAUUUUUGAUUUAAAGGUCAUAUUGGGGUGUAAAAUCUGUUGAUGAAGAUGUGUGCUCGUAAUGGGUAAUACAGAAACUAACCCAUGUUUGCUUCAGUUUAAAAAACACACAUCAAAGGUUCAGUGUGUAGGAUGUAGUGGCAUAUAUUUUGUUUUUCCAACGCAUUCUAACUCCAACCUUUCCAUGUCCACAUACGACAUGUAAGGUACCCUGGGUGUGUUGGUUAUUGACGCUCUGGGACGCUGUGUCAAGUUCUGCCUGUUACAUGCAUUGUCUUCUUUCAAGAUACACUUCUGUUUUCACAGGAAAUUGAACGUCUUCAUACAGUCUCUUUCAAAAUCAAUGCACUACGUCUGUACCUGUUUUUUUCCUUCAACAACAAACACACAUGGUUGGGUUUAGAAAAAAGAACAGGGUUUGGCUUUAGAAUCUUACGGGACACCAACACCGCUUUCUCGGGUGAAAGUCUGUGUUUGUUGGACCCAUCCACCACCAGUCCCGCCCCACCCCAGUUGGAGUUUCGCUGCCUUAACUUUCAUCGUUGUCCCGCCAUAUUCCCCCCGAUGCCGUUGGGAGCUGUUAAACUAUAACGGCAACCGGCCGCGUAUCAUACCGACAUCAAAGAACGCCUUACUCCAUUGGUUUUUACUUCUUUAAAUCACCAUGUGCUUUUGUUUUGAAGGGAAAGAGAUCUUUGCAGAUAAUUUGGCUCCUGUUAGGAAUCUUCUGAACAAUGAACACUGAAGGAAUCCUAAGUAAGAAUCAACAUUUGGGAGAAAUUUUAGCUGGUUGAAAUUUGCAACCUUGCUAUAUGCCACUAAAUCCUACACAUUGCUCCUUGAAGAUCAUAAAAAACUUAAACUAUCUCUACCUAUCUUUGAUGUUUUAAACAGACAUAAGAUUUGUGUGCUAUGUUGUAACUGUUUUGUAUCAUUCAGAACAAUUUUAGGGCUUUUAUUUUGUACAUUGUUGGCCUCCUCUUUGGUCAGCCUUGAGGCAAAAAUGUUCCCAUCUGUUUGGCUCAGCAUUACCUUCGCCUUGGGUUUGUUGAAAGGUUUGAUUACUCCUCACACACACACACACACAUGCAUUCACACUGUCUCCCUUUUUUCUUUGUAUUAUCUCCCCUUUUAUUGCCUUUUCUUUCUUACUCUGCCAGUCCAGGCUGUAUGUGUCAAUGGCACUCCGUUGUGCUUCGUGGUGGGCCUACUUCAAGCACAGCUGUGUCUCACAAGAGUGCUUCUUCUUUCAAUAGAUAUCGACAGAGCCUCUCUUUGUGUCUCUGAAUCUGUGCCACUUACUGUAUCUUUUUUUUUUAUCUCAGUACACAUCCUCAUUUGUGAAUCCUUCUGCGUCUCCCCUUCUCUCAUUCUCUCCCUCACUUUAUCUGAUUCCCCUUUUCCUUUUCACCCUCUGUUGAUACUUAUUUCCAGAGUGCAGAGCUCUCCUGAGUUUGAGUGUCCUCAGUGGGCAGACUACCUACGGAGAGGUCAAUACAGCCCCUUCUCUAUACUGUUUACAGCUCACCCAGUGCAAUAUUACCAAUUUGUUCACAUCUGCCACAUAUGCCACUUUAAGCUUAUGUUUUCAUGUGGGAUCUGAGGUAGUUAAUGUUUGAAUGCAGUCAUGUUUUUUCCAGAUAGAUUUCCUUAUUAUUUGCCUCCAAUCAGCUUAUUGAUUUGAAAUCCUUGUAAUCAGUACAGAGGCGACAAAAUGGCAGCUCUUGCUUUGAUUUUUCCCAUCCAUACAGUAUUUAAGCACCUUGGUGAUUUAGUGUUUACUCGCAUAAAGUGGGGUGACUUGGAAAAAAAAAAGGAACGGUCAAAAUUGAAGCAGCAGAGGCCGAGAUAUCCUGACUUUCAGUCCCUAUUCUGGGUCAAGAUCCAAACACACUGGGUCUUAAUUCUCCACAAUUCAUCUUAAUAGUGUCUCAUAGCAUUGCGAAGUUGGAGGAGCCAUUUCAGGCGUAAAAGUCAAAGCCUCAUUCAUUUUUUCCCGUAGACGAUGUUAGAUGAUUCACAAUUGGGGCUCACUCUCUCUUAACAGUGGACGAA